AUGAAAUUUCAUUUGAUAGAUCCCAUAAUCAGCGAGAGACCGCUUACCACAAGAGUUAGUACUACUAAUAUAUCCGUUAUACACAAUUCAGCGUUACCUUGUGAGUCGCAAGGCGAGCCUGUGGUCACCAAGCACGAAACAAUAUCUGGCAAUCACACGACACAUUUCCAAAAGUCUACUCAUCGAGUGGAGCAUAUAAAUCGUCAAGAGAAAAAUCUGCCGUUGACUUUGACACACAUGCAGGAACAAACUUCAAACUCGGCUUAUGUUGUAGCUCCAAGUAAUAAUAGGCGACCAUUGCUCCAACAUCGAGUGGAAAAAGUGAAGAUUCAGCAUUCACCUGCAAAAGGACGUCAUAAAAUUCAAAAAAAACAACAGGCUAAACGAUCAGAACCUUCAAAGUCUUCUAAAAAACGUUCUUCAAUGUCUUCCAAAAAACGUACUCAAGAUUCUAGCGACGAUGAAGAUGAAGAUUCAUACUCGGAAGAUGAAUUUGAUAUAGAAACGGCCGAUCAAGAAUUGCUGAAAACUGUCAAGAAAGCAUUGCUCGAUUACAUCGAAGUGAAACCGUCGAAAAAACUCAAAAGCGGCGAGCUCACAUGGACUGAGUUCAAACCGUAUAUGGAAAAUUUACAUCUUCCUCAAUUCAAAGCGUACCUUAAAGAAGGAGGCAUUGAUGCGCCAGGAAAAAUGAAAAGAACGUGA